AUUUGCUGACAGCACAGGAAUACCACUGCCUGCUGCAGCUGCUCUGCCCUGACUUCCCGAUGGAGCUCACUCAGAAAGCGGCAAGGAUUGUGCUGAUGGAUGAUGCUAUGGAUUGCCUGAUGUCUUUUUCUGAUUUCCUCUUUGCUUUCCAGAUCCAGUUCUACUACUCAGAGUUCCUGGAAAGUGUGGCUGCCAUUUAUCAAGAUCUACUGGCUGGUAAGAAUCCAAAUACUGUGAUUGUGCCAACAUCAUCCUCUGGGCAACAUCGGCAGCGCCAACCCCCAAAUGACUGCAGCCCACUCGAUGGGGUAGAGGCAUCUCUCUUCUACCAGUGCCUAGAGUCCUUGUGUGACAGAUCAAAAUACAGCUGUCCACCUUCUGCUCUUGUGAAAGAAAUGUUGAGUAGUGCACAGAGACUCACCUUCUAUGGAUUCCUUAUGGCACUUGCAAAGGAUCAGGGGAUCAAUAGAGCCCUAGGGGCUUUGCCAGAUAAAGGAGACUUGUUUCUGGACCCUGCCAUGGAUCAGGAACUUGAGAAAUUGGUAGCUCAAGUUUCAGGGCUUUCUGUCUCUGGUCCCACCAGCUCCAGCGGGGACACAGCUAAUUUGCCUGACCGUAACUCACCCAGGAUUAACUCUCCCUGGAAACCUCUACGCCACCGGCGAAAAAUGGAUGCUGAGAGUGAAGGCUCCAACGAAGAGACAGACUCCUCUGAAAACUGA